CAUACGAAGAGUUAUUAUCCCUUUAAACAAGCCUUUCAGAAAAAUAUGUAUGGUGUACUACUGCACACUAGAUGACUGUAUCGCUGUUGGGAAGCAGUGCACAUUGCUUCGAAGAAGCAAAAACAAAAAAAAAGGAGGGGGAUGAGUUCGAACCAAUAUAAAGUCCUACAAUUUUGAAAUAAAGUAGUCCUACAAUUACCACAUAGUUUUAACGUGUUUCAGCCUACGUACAUGGCCCAAUGUACUGAAUAAAAGCUUAUAUACUUGUUUGAGAGGCAUUGCAUUAAGUUAGAAGAAACAUUGGCUAAAAUAUUUGAAAUUAAGCAAUCAUACGGAUUUGUAAAAUUCGACCUGUCUUUUCACCUUUUUGCACUUGGAACAAAAAAAAAAAAAAAAAAAAAAAGGCAGUUGUGGCAUUGGCAUAAAACCAAUUCCAGUUACCUUAAAUAGUCAGUUUUCUAUUUAUCACACAGCCCCUUUAUGGUAAUUUAAUUAUAUUUGUUAAGCGAUUCACCAAUUUUUUUAUUUAUUUUUAUGUAUGGUAGAAAAGUUAUGUAUUCUUAGGUCGUUUCUAUGGUGUUUAGAUUCAUUAUUCGAUCAAGCGGUGACAGCUGAGAGUGCGGGUACCGUGAACAGACACAGAUAAUCAUGUAUAUAGAGACAUUAAUAAAAUGUGUGAAAAUCAUUUUGUUCAGGUGACAAAGAGCCAUUAAAACGUUUUAAAAUUAGAUUUUCAGGUUAUGAAAGCUAAUUCUGCAUUCCAAAUAACGAAGUAACGUACGGAUUGUAGGACCUGUGUUCAAAAUUGGAGCAUGGAGCAGAUAAAAUGCGAGCUUGCUGUUUAAAAAAUGAUGAUGUAUAAUGAAAACUCUAAUGCUAUAAUUAUAAAAUCCCAUUAAAAUGUGUAAAAACCAUUUUGUGUGGGUGACAAGGAGCCUUUUUUUUAGAUUAUGAAAGCUAAUUCUGCAUUCCAAAAUAACGAGGCAAUUUAUGCACUAAACCGCCUUCGGAUCACCUGUGUAACGCAGGCUUCCUGUAUUAAAAAUGAAGAUAUAUAAUGAAAACUAAUGUUAUAAUUAUAAAAUUCCAUUAAACGAUAUUUUGUAGAAAUUCAUGGCCUCCAACUACAGCUGUAAAUACUAUAAGAUAUAGACAUCAUACAUGUGACUGAAGGGGGCCGUAGCAAUAGUCCGAAGGUUCAGUAUAGAACCCUUCGGACCAAUGAACCCUUGAUUAAAAAACCGAUGAAAAUGUAACGACCUAAUUAGGACCAAUCAACCAUUUGGACUAUCGAGACGCCCCCAUGAAAAACGCAUGCGCAGACGUUCUGUAUUCCGCAAACAAGCUCAGUUGGGUUUUUCCGAACCCCAAAAUAGGAGUAUAACACGUCAAUCCUGUCUGGCCUAGCUUACGUGGCAAUCAGAGAAGAUAAACGUUUUUCGGUGAAGCGAGUGAGUCGGAUACAUUGAACAUGUCUCUUAAGAAUGAAGUCCUGGAGACGUAUUUCCGCAACCAUGUCCAAAUGAAAUGCGAUGAAACAAAAAGAUCGGUGGAAAUUGUUAUGCCAGUCAUUGAUAAAAUUUUGAGGGAAAUCAAGAAAAAGGACUCCCGUUUCACUGUGCAGCCUGUCUAUGCUGGAAGUCAUUGGCAAAAUCUUAAGGUUGAAAGAGCUGAUGAGUUUGAUGUUAGCGUCAUCCUGUCCCUGCCAGAAACGUCUUCACGAUGCAGUGACCCUCGGCGAUGCUUUGGAUUCGAUCGCGAUGUCGAUGACCCGCUGAAAAGCAUCCCGUACGAUUUGCAAAUAAUCAGGAGACCCAGAAGCCUUCCAAGUCCACCACCAGGAUAUUGUUGUUGGAAGCUGCAAGAGAAUGAAAGCCCGCCCGUGCCAAGUUGGAGUAACUUGACAAACAUGACCUUUGACGGUUACCUCGUCCCAUUUUUGGUCAAAAAGCAAUUUCAUGGGCUUCUAAACGAAGCGAUUCGUGAUUUGAAUUUGCAAAAGACCGUGAGCAUGAGAGGACGAGUAAAUGGACCGGCGCUUACAAUCCGUAUUGCACAGCAGGGCCAUUUCUGUAUUGACGUAGAUUUCUCGGUGAUAACCGAAGCGUUUCUACCUUUCCCAUCAGAAAUACAGUGGCCCCAUCGCAAUGCAAAGUGGCCCUCCCUAGAAAAGGUAGUAGACAUCCGCGGGACUGGAGUGCAGACAGUUGCAAAGAAAAACUUCGAUUGGAUAAUUUCCUUCGUGAAAGCAGAAAAGAAACUGAUAGAAAACAUCGACAGUGACGGUGGAUGUCGUAAGAAGUCCCACCGCAUCAUGAAGAAACUUAAUGAAGAUGUGUGGUGUGAUACGACCAGCCGUGUUAUCACAUCCUACUGUCUGAAGAAUAUCUUAUUCUGGGAGUGUGAAGACAGCCCUUCCAGUGAAGACUGGUCAGUUGACAAACUGUGUGUCCGCGUCACUAGCAUGAUAGAACGUGUGAAAAAUGCAGCACAAGUUCGCCGUCUACCUAUGUACUUUAACCCUGCAGUCAACCUUCUUCAGGACAAAGACUUCAGAGAACUGGACAUAACAGUCAAGAAGAUCAACGAUUUUAUGAAGUGUCCAGACAAGUUUUUUAUAAAAAGAGGGGUGCUUCCUAUUUCAAAAUAAUAUCAUUCUUAGCUUGUAAAGCACGGACGAAGGCGACGAGGUUUCUAAGACUUCUAGAUUAUUCUUUGAAACGUGUGCCAAUGUUUAAAAAAAUGAAAACUCGAAAUGAUAAUCAUAACGAUAAAUGAAUAAAUAUUAAAAUAAUAAUUUCAAAAAGAAUUGCUGCCAGAAAAAUUCAAGCAGGAUAGUUUUUGUACGAAAGUACAUGGUGGUGAAGGCGACACCAAAUGCUGGUGAUAGUAUAAUGGUUUCGAACUAGAGCUGCAUUUGUCUUAAAUAUCAUUCUUGUAAGUUUUAUGAAAUUAAGACAGUUUUCUUAUAAAGGGUUAACAAGGAAGGUACACGGCGACGCCAGAUGCAGGUUAUGUUAAAAGUCUGCUUAAAGAAAAUAAUAAAUACCAACACUUCAUUGUAAAGGAGCAUUACGUGAUUCAUAUUGAUAAGCUACUAAGUGCGCUCAUCUAGUAUGAUAAUCCGUUAUCCAAGCAUACCGCGCCGGGAUUGAUGCCCUCUUUUGCUAAUUCAAAGUUAAACAAAUAUUUAACAACACUCUGCUGCUUUAUAUGUGAUACAGAUAUACACCACUUAAUUAGUACAGCAUAUUUCUAUAGAAAUAUUAUCCACAAUUAAAGCGAUGCCAAUAAAACCGAUUUUAAACGAGUCCAUAAAUAAAACUGACUCUGUUUAAAAUAAUUUCAUCAAAUGUCAAUUCAAAGUAAUUGUCAGGCACAUCACGAAUUAAUCUAUAGGGCUUAAAUCGCAAUUGUCUACUAAAAAUAGAAUAAAAGUAAAAAUAAACUGAAAUGUCCUUUCUCCCCAGUUUUCGUCGAAUUUAGAGACUUACAUGUACAUAUACUUAUAUUACGGACCAUUAGUUUUUGAGGGCGAUCACUUGAAAAUAACCCCGUACAUGUAUAUGGUGUAUUAUCACAAUUUGAAGCCAAAUCAAAUAUUAGUUUUCAGGGAAAUAAAAAAUCAUUUUUAAACUUUUCAAGCUUGGCGUCCUGUGCAUGAAAACGAGGCUACUACGCGGAAUGUUCCGUUGCUUAUAUUGGCAUGGGGAAUGCCCAUCGUCAUGUGAAAAAAUAAAACUCGGAAAGCAAAAGUAUAAAUUUUUCCACUUGCUAUUGAUAGGUUCUAUUCUUAAGACUGGCGACAGACUGAGUUGUAUUCUUAUGUUAGAGAAGAUAACCUCGGUGUAUAUAUACAUGCGAUAGCGUACGUACUAGCUAGAAAUUGGACACGUAGGCUACAUGACACAGAAAGGAUGGCUCUUGCGAAUAACGUUCUGGAAGCAUAUUUCGGCGAUUUUGUU